GCGAAUGAGCCCCGUGUAAGUGGCACGAUCCGGCCGGCUGUCCUGUCAGCUGCGUGUGCUCUGCAUGCGGGGCGGAAAUCCGGACAUUUACAAAUUCCCCCUGGACGCAAUUUUUAACUCAAAAAAGCCAGACAUGUCCGGCAGAAUCCAGACAAAUGAACAACAUCUGAUUGGGCCGAUCCAAAGGUGGUGAUAACAAGCCUGAGGAGCUGUGAACCUGAUAAGUUGCCUCUUCCCGCAGAAACACUUGGAAGGGUUAUCAACUGAGAAUAACGUGCAGAAUAUUUCUUGGAUGGUAGAGAACAGUGCUCUGCUUUAAUUCGAAGUCUACAUUUUUCAUUGCUUGGACUUGAUCUGAAUUGCAAGAGAGGUGAAACUUGCCAUUUCAUCCUACAAAGUCAAUUCUAAUGCAGCAUUGUCUAAUCACCUCUCCCACAUUUUCCUAAUUAACAGGACAGAACAAGAUGGAUGCAGGAACUGACACGACAACGUAUGAUUAUGAUCCUGACGUCCAACCAUGCCAAAAAGCUGAUGUCAAAAAAUUUGCAUCCCUGUUUCUGCCACCACUUUAUUCUUUGGUGCUGAUAUUUGGCCUGCUGGGCAAUGCGCUAGUUGUGCUGAUCCUGAUAAAAUACAAGAAGCUGAGAAGCAUGACUGACAUCUAUCUGCUGAAUCUGGCAAUUUCUGAUUUACUCUUUAUUCUUUCCUUACCAUUUUGGGCUUAUUAUGCAGCACGUGAGUGGGAUUUUGGAAAUGCAAUGUGUAAAAUUCUUUCAGGGGUCUAUUAUGCUGGCUUCUAUAGUGGAAUUUUUUUCAUAAUACUUUUGACAAUAGAUAGAUAUCUGGCCAUUGUCCAUGCAGUGUUUGCUUUAAAAGCUAGGACAGUUGCCCAUGGUAUCUUCACAAGUGUUUUCAUUUGGGGUGUUGCAAUAUUAGCCUCUCUUCCAGGGUUUUUAUUUCACAGUGUUCAAAAGGAAAGUGAUCAUUGGACCUGCAGCUCUCAUUAUCCAUUAGAUUCCAUAAUCAAAUGGAAGGAAUUCCUGAUUUUAAAGAUGAACAUCCUGGGACUUGUCAUUCCACUGGUCAUUAUGAUCUUCUGCUAUGCAGAGAUUAUAAAAACAUUACUGAGAUGUAGGAAUGAGAAAAAACAUAAGGCAGUCAGGCUUAUUUUUAUCAUAAUGAUUGUUUAUUUUCUUUUCUGGACACCAUUCAACAUUGUUGUUCUCGUAUACACGUUUCAAGAUUCAUUUUUCCUAAAUACCUGUGAGAGCAGCAGUCAGCUGGAGCUAGCAAUCCAAGUGACAGAAGCAGUUGCAAUGAUUCACUGUUGUAUCAACCCCGUGAUCUAUGCAUUCGUUGGUGAAAAGUUUAGGAAAUAUCUUUAUAUCUUUUUCCAAAAACACAUUGCAAUCUACCUCUGCAAACACUGUCCAGCUCUUCAUGGUGAUAAAUUAGAACGGGUUAGCUCCACAUGCACCCCUUCCACUGCAGAGCAUGAUGUCUCCAUUGGUUUGUAACGUGUAUUAGAAAUGAAGUCAAUAAAAGUUUCAUUGUCCUUUUUACUUAAAAGAUUGUGCAAUUAAACAAAACUCUUAUAGUGAUCGCAUUAAGACCUGGACAGUUACCAAUCACAGUAAUUAAUUUUUUGUGACAUUGCAGUAUUUCUCCUUUUUCAUACAGGGAAUAUUAAAAAUCCCACAGGAAAAUUCAAACACUACAGUUUGUUAAGUAUCCACUGUAACAUGGCACCCAAUGUAGUAUGAUUUUGCUCUUUAAACCUGGACUCUGAUCAAAUAACUAUUUUCUCAGGAAAUAUAAUUCAGAAGAUGGCUUGAAGAUGGCAAGGAACAAGGUUUUUCUUGUCUCAAGAAAAUAUAUACAAAACCACAAGAAAAACUUUAGGAGGAAGACAUCCAUGGGAAGACAUUAUAGCCAUUUACCUGGGGCUCGAUGCACCUUUUUACUUCAAUAUUCAACAUUAAUGGAACAUUUCAGGAAAAAAAAAACUUUGCAGCAAAAUCAUAAAAGGUUCUAAAAUUCCCAUGAAUUUUAUAAGUUAGCUUUUUUUUCAUAAUAUAAUCAAGUACCUAUCUGAGGUGGGAAGGGUUUAUUUACAAUUACACUGAUACCUUGUUUUUCCUAUAGGGUUUGAAGAGCUGUUAAAUCUUCAUAAAACAGAGAUUUUUGAUAAACAGGGAUUGUGCACACUUCUGUUAAGGGAUAUGACUGACCUUCUGUUAACCAGAAUUGUGUUAAGCAGGGGUAUCCUAUUAGCUGGUGGCUGUCUGUUUAAAAUAAUCCUUUCCCCUUGACUAUUGCAUUCAGUUAUUUUGAUUUCACAUGAGUAAGAACUGGCAGGAUCAGAUCCCAAUAUCUUAGCACUUACACAUUGCUUUGCAGCCUCACACCUCUGUACAUAACUAGUUAUUCAUCCUGAGGACAGCCCUGUGAGGUAAAUAUCUGCAGUAUUACAAAGUGAAGGCAGAAAAUUACUCUCACAGUAAACUUCCUUUUAUGGAAAAAAAUAUUUUCUGCAUGUUUGCACUAAUGUGAAAGCACCUUUUUAAUACCAAAUGCAUGUCAACGUUAUGUUUAUAGAUCUAUUUUAGUUUUACUGAGCUUUCUCCAUUUCCAUGUUUAUUGGGGUGUGAAUUCUAAUGCUACGAUUUUAUGCUUCUUUCUCUUUCCACAUGAAUGCAAGUUAUUAAUAAAAUCAUUGUUUGAAAAGCUCCA